UGGAAAAUGCUCCAGCAGGAAGCCACAGUUCAGAAUGAAGAACCCACUGGCAGGCUGCACAUAUGACAAGGCAUAUCAAGAGCUGAAAGGAUUUUCCAAAAAUGGAGACCAUUUCUGCAAGCAACUCUUAUCUAUUCUUCAACAGAGGGCUAGUUUGGAGAUUACAUAUGGCAAAGGACUAGAAAAAUUGACCAACAAGCUCAGCAAAGUGUUGAAGAAAAUGAAGACGAAUUACAUUUGCAGCACCUGGCUUUGUGUUUCGGAGGGGAUGAAAUCUGCAUCAGAUUUGCACAGGAAACUUGGCAAAGAUAUUCAGAUGGAAGCAAUAAGCCCGACAAAUCACAUUUUGGUGGAACAUGAGAAGAGGAAAAAAGCACUAGAUAAUACAGUUGAGAAGGCAGCUGACACAGUCCUCAGCAACUGGCGUCAACAAAUAAAGGCUAAGAAGAAAUUGAAAGAAUUUACCAAGGACCAUGAAGCACUGUUCCGUGACACGGAGAGCUCCCAACCACUGGCUUCACCAAAAACCAAAAGAAAAAUGCUCAGAAACCUGGAAAAAUCUGCAACAAAGUUGACAAAGGAUGACGAAGACUAUUAUAAAAAGAAUUUAGCUGCCUGUGAAACUAGGUUAAAAUGGGAGACCACUUUAGAAAACUGCCACCAGAGUGUUCUAGACCUUGAAAAAGAGAGACUAUAUCUUCUGUACAGUAUGUUAAAUCGUUACAGCCGACAGCUUUCCAGUUUUGGAGAAAACUUAAUUGCUUGCCACACAAAGAUUCAUAAUGCUGUCUGUGAGGCUGAUGCUGACAAGGAUGUGCAGACGUUAGUGAAAGAAAUGUCCAUCCCCACUGAAGACACCAAACUGGAGUUCUUGUUAACUGACUAUUAUGAAGAAGAUGCUACAAGCCUUAUUGAAAAAGAGAGGCGACAAGCUUCCAUCAAAGCUAAAGUACUACGCCUGCAGAAGGACUUGGAAAAGGCCAUACAAGACAAAACAGGUCUGGAACGGAUGCUUAAAGCUUACACGGAGACCCCACAGUUCUCAGAUGCAAAGAAUCAGAACAAUAUCACUGAACAGCUUUAUGAGACAACACUGAAAGCUACCCUUCUGCAAGCAAAUCACUUCAAGUUGGCCAGUGUGUUAGCAGAAAUUGAACAGAAGCCUAAACCAACACAACCCUGGAAUAACUGCAUUUCAAAAUGGAAAGAAAAGGACUGUGUGCAUAGUUCUAUAGUAUUCACUUGCCCUAUGAAAGGGAAUCGCUUUAAACGCACUGUGAGCACAAGGAGUGCAGGUGAAGGACGAGCUCACUCAAGUGGCCUUCCAGCUCCUGCUAGCAAUUCAAAAUCAGCAACCUCUUUUGAUCCAAAGAAUGGUGAUUCACUAUGUGAAACUUGUACAGCAUUGUAUGAUUACUACACAGAAAGGGAUGAUGAGCUUUGCUUGAGUAAAGGUGACGUGAUUGUAAUCCACCGCAAGGAAGAGGAUGGAUGGUGGUAUGGAUCUGUAAAUGGAAAAAGGGGUAUUUUCCCAGCUACUUAUGUGGAAGAAGUACCUCCCUCCAGUCAACUGGGCCUCACCGUAGAUGGAGAAACCUUUUUAAACUGA